CCCGCCGCCGGGAUCCGCCGCCAUCUGGACUACCCGAGCUUUUGUGCGGGUUGGAGGAUGGCUGGGUGCGGCGAGCGAGGCGGGGGAUGCCGGGGCGCGGGGUUCCAGUCGACGGGCACCGAGCCGGGACUGACCUCCGCCGCCUCUCCCCCCCGCUGUCCGCAGCCAUGGCUCUGCGCUACCCCAUGGCUGUGGGCCUCAACAAGGGCCACAAGGUGACCAAAAACGUGAGCAAGCCGAGGCACAGCCGACGGCGCGGGUGCCUCACCAAGCAUACGAAGUUCGUGCGAGACAUGAUCCGAGAGGUGUGUGGCUUUGCCCCAUAUGAGCGCCGCGCCAUGGAGCUGCUCAAGGUCUCCAAGGACAAACGGGCCCUCAAGUUCAUCAAGAAAAGGGUGGGGACACACAUCCGUGCCAAGAGGAAGCGAGAGGAGCUGAGCAAUGUCCUGGCUGCCAUGAGGAAAGCAGCUGCCAAGAAGGACUGAGCCCCCUCUCCCUUCUGCAUAAUAAAAUCUUACAAAAACUCAA